CUGACAGCAGCUGUCCUGCACCCAGAAAAGCACCAGAAGUCCGAGGGAGUGGAAGGAGACCUUGCCAGCUUCUCGGUUCCCCGCACUCUUCCUCAUUCCCAGGGUCUCGGAGACCGAGGGGACACACGGAGUGAACGUUGCCCUUGCUGGCCCGCCAAAGAACGAAGAGUUGUCAUGGGGAUCGGCAUGAGUAAGGUGGUUGAGGGCCUCUACCUCGGGAGCAUCAGUGAUGCUGAAGAUAAAGAGACCUUGAUGAAACAUGGGAUCACCCACAUUCUUUCUGUGCACAACAAUGCCAAGCCUCUGCUGGAAGGCAUGACCUACCUCUGCAUUUCAGCUUCAGACUCCUCGAAUCAAAACUUAAUACAACAUUUUAAAGAGUGCAUCAGAUUUGUUCAUGAAUGUAGACUGCGUGGUGGAGGCUGUCUCAUUCACUGCUUAGCGGGAGUUUCUCGCAGCACCACGAUUUUGGUAGCCUACCUGAUGACGGUAACCCACUUUGGCUGGAAAGAAUGUUUGGCCGCUGCCAAAGCUGUCCGUUCCUACGUGAGCCCCAACUUUGGGUUUCAGAAACAGCUUCAGGAGUACGAAGCUACGUUACUGCCGGAGUACCGAAUCUGGAUCCAGAUGGAGUUUGGCAAGAAUCCCCUCCCGGACCAAGAGGAGCUACAGCGGUUGCUCUCCCUCAAAGAAGAGAAAGUAAAUGAGCCACAAAUAGGACUCUGAGAAACCAAAUGGAACAGGGCUCCAAGCCCAGCCAACCACAAACACACCAGAUACGGUGACAGCAGCAACAGCGGCCACCACCAAGGAACCAACCGAUAACUGGAGGAGCAUUUGGAAAGAACCUUUUUAGCUUCUUCUUUUGAUCAAUAUGUAGAGGUUGUUGUAGGUCCUUCCUUUCUGGUCCUUCCUUGAAUGCGUUCAGACUCCUUGUGGGUUGGGCUGCAACGGUGGACUUUUCCAGAGGUCAACGUAAGUGCCUCUUGCGGUCCCAUUUGGAGGCUGCCCAUGUCAAGAAGGAAGAAAUUGGGUUUUAAACAGUUUCAAGGAGAUGAAACUGUUUAAGGAGUGCAAUUAUCCCAAGUGUCUUGCUGGCUGAGAAGGUGCAAAGGAUCUUGGAAAUUCUUGAGGGAUGUUCUCAAAGGUGACGUGGAGAACACUUGAUUUGAAUAGGAGUGGUGAAUAUGGUUGACAGGAGUAUCUACCUUGGGAAACAGGUUAUUUUUUUAUUAGUAAUAAUCCUUAGAAUUGGGAGUGAUUUCAGCUUUUGAGAAAGAGAUUUUAUUAGGUUUCCUUCGGCUGUUGUUUGAAUUAGUGCCCCAAAUUAGAUGCGAUGUGAUGGGAACAUGACUAAGAUAAGCCACCAAUGGACUUAAAUAAUGCAAACCAAUAUGAUGUUUACAUGAACAAUAAUAAUACCCAACAACAUAAGCCUGCAAUUCUCUACUAAAUAUCUAGGGAUCUAUCAUGUUAUCGGAUUGCCCUAAGUUUCUUUCCUUGAUGCUGCUUAAAGGGAUUUUCACACACAUGUUCUAAAAGAAGCCCUUACACGAAUCUGGGUCUGCAACAGUGGUGGGUUGCUACCGGUUCGGUCCGGAUUUUACGAACUGGUAGUAACGGGAGUGGGAGGCUCUGCCCACCUGCCCGGACAUCAUCACAGACACUCUGCGCAUGCUCAGAAGUGUCACGCAUGAGCAAAGCACGCACGCGCUCCCAUUGCAAACCGGUAGUGAAGGUAAGUGGAACCAACCCCUGGUCUGCAACCUUCACACAACCACCAUCAGAUCCCACAAAGAUUUAACUAGGGAAGGGGCUCCCAUUUUGCCAUCAACACUUGGGAUCUGGGCAAGAUUUUUUUUUUAACAGAAGCUCCACCUUUUCAAUUAAUCUACCGUAUCAUUAUCCAUUUUAGAUAAGGCGGCCACUCUUGUUGCAAUAGCACUUAAACUUAUAUACCGCUUCACACUGCCUUACAGCCUUCUCUAAGUGGUUUACAGAGUCAGCCUCUUGCCUCCAACCAGGGGUGAAAUCCAGCAGGUUCUGACAGGUUCUGGAGAACCCGGUAGCGGAAAUUUUGAGCAGUUUGGAGAACUGGCAAAUACCACCUCUGGCUGGCCCCAGAGUGGGGUAGGAAUUUUGCCGUACCCUUCCUCUGAAGUGGGGAGGGAAUGGGGAUUUUGCAAUAUCCUUUCCCCAGGAGUGGGGAGGGAAUGGGGAUUUUGCAGUAUCCUUUCCCUGGAGUGGGGUGGAAAUGGAGAUUUUGCAGCAUCCUUCCCUUGCCAUGCCCACCAAGCCACAUCAUGCCCACCAAGCCACGCCCACAGAACCGGUAAUAAAAAAAUUUGGAUUUUACCACUGCCCCCAACCAUCUGGCUCCUCAUUUUGCUGACCUGGGAAGGAUGGAAGGCUGAGUCAGCCUUGAGCAGUGAGCUUGUUGUGUGCAAGACCUGUCUUCCCAAACCACCAAGCCAAACUCCUUGCCUUCUUUGCUUGGGAGCCUGGCCUGCAGCCUCGACGGGGAAGCAACUGCAGUUUUGGGGGUGGGUCAAAAUGGCUUACUGGGGGGAAGUUCAGAAGCAGCCCAGACAACUUGUCUGUCUCUUCUGCAAACAGCACAGGAAGCCCACAUGGGAACUCGGCUCAGAAAGAGCAAAGAGGCUGCUUCUGGUAGGAACAGGAAAUCAUCGUAGAUAUGUGAUAAGCAGAGAUUACUUUUACAACCGGGCUACCAACAGAUCGAAGCUACGGCAGGAUACGUUGCUGAAGUGAGAGCAUUUGAUUCCUCGAUCCCUGCCUGAAAGAUCUCCCACCUGGUUGCUGUCUCACAGGGCGCACAAUCCAGGGUGAAAUGCUCCCGGUUCGAACCGGAUCAAUACCUGAUCCGGUAUUGAUGGCUGCAUGUGGUUUGGAGAACCGGUAGCAAAAAUCCCUGGUCCCUCCCCCUGCCCCAGCUGAGCCACGCGAUCAUCAGAGGCCUUUUUUUU